AUGUUCGCACCGGCCACUUGGAAUAAGAAGAUACACCAGACUGCGACCACUGUCCUGCAAAGAGUCAUGGAAAAGGAAGAGAAGCCUAAGGAAGAAGCCAAGCCAAAGGAAGAGUUGAAACCUAAGGAAGAGAAGCCGAAAGAGGAGGAUAAACCUAAGGAAGACAAGCCGAAAGAGGAGGCUAAACCAAAGGAAGAGGACAAAAAGAAGAAGAAGGAAGAGAAGCCUAAGGAAGAAGUCAAGCCGAAGGAAGAAGUCAAGUCCUCUUACUCACUGUCCUAA